GUUUCUGCUGUUGUCAAUAAUGCUGACUGCUUCAAAAGCGUCUACAGGGUGUUUGGUGGAUGCAAGAAACGGCCAGCAACAUGGCUGAAGACUGGCGCAAGACCAUCUCCUUCAGCGAUCGACUGCAGUGCACUACUGAAAUUACAUCCGCAUACAAGACAGCAAAUCCAGGAUGUCAUCAGUCGGAGGCUUCAACCCAAGCUAAGGCGCGAGAGGAACUUGCUCGAAGAACAGCACGAUCGCUGGAGGAGUACCACCAAUUGAUUUCUCGUAGUGUACAAGAGUUGCUGGUCUCCGGCGCACCUACUCCAGCAGGAGAUCUCCACCUCAACGAGCAUCAUUUUCCAAACCUGCCAGCAAGUGGUGCCACAAUUGGAAGAUACACGAACGCCGAGCACUUCAGCGAUGGACUGUUCUCAGAAGUCUACCGCGCUCUGGAUCCAGACCUGCCCUCAGAGAGUGGAAAAUUGAGGAUGGUGGCGCUCAAGGUCACCAAUCCGUCGGCCAUGCAACCACCGCACGACUCCAUCCGUGAAGCUCGUAUCCUGGAGAAGGCCACCAGCGAACACAUCAUUCUGCUCAUCGAGACGUUUCGCCAGUCAGACGGUACCUUCGUUCUCGCCUUCCCGUACAUGCCUUUCAGCUUGGACACACUGUUGCGCGAAAGGCGUCUCGAUCCCCGGAGUUGCAAGACUAUCAUGCGAGAUGUCUUCUCUGGCCUUGCUUACGUACAUGGUAUGGAUAUCAUUCACCGCGAUGUCAAGCCUUCCAACAUUCUGUUGGCUACACCGAAUGGCCCAGCGUAUCUAGCAGACUUUGGAAUAGCUUGGUCCGCCAACGACAGCGCAUCAGAGCGCUCGUCCGAAAAGAUUCUGGAUGUCGGGACUACUUGCUACAGGCCGCCCGAGCUUCUGUUCGGUCACUCGGCUUAUGGGACGAAGCUUGACAUAUGGGCCGCUGGAUGUGUCGCAGCGCAAGUCUUUUGUUUGCAAGACAAAACUCUGUUUGAUGCUGGAGAUCUUGGGAGCGAACUUGCAUUGAUCAAGAGCAUGUUCCAGGCUUUAGGCACGCCAGACCUCACUACAUGGCCUGGAGCAGAAGAAAUGCCAGAUUGGGGCAAGAUGAACUUCACCAAGUAUCCAGCCAAGUCUUGGGAUGAAAUACUGCCAGGCGCGGAUGCACAGGCCAGAGAUCUCGUCAAGCAGCUGGUCCAGUUCGAGACCACAUGGCGACCGACCGCUGAUGAGACGCUACAGCAUGCGGCACUGACCUGAACAAGCUGUAUUCAUGCACCUCUUUCACGUGGUUCCUGUGCCGCAAGUCAUCACACCCCGAUCAGCAGAAACGAUGGACAUCGCUCAGCGGCAUAUACCCUCCGCCUCCGGGCAUCGUCGAUCAAUACUCUCUGCUACAGCUCCUGGUAUUCUUCCGUACGCUGAUCCACGCCACUUCUUCCUUCAAGGUCCCCAAAAGGCACCCUAUACUGUCUUGGCACAGGCAUCGCCUUGAACUCAAAUUCGAAGCCAAGCUACAGUAAGCUAUAAGAAGCGAAUCUGCAUGAAGCAGAGCUCGUACUUCAUGUCGGUCUCCGAACGACAGAUGCGACGAUGUAUCAUCACAUACAAGCAAGUAGCUUAGAAUGAAUAUAAUAACUGAACUGAGUUGCCAUCCCAUCGCUGCUUGCAAAGCAGC